AUGGACCCCAGUAAGAAGUCAGAACCCCCUUUAUCUGUAGAAAUGGUACAGCAGAGGGCCAAUCCUGACCGCAGUCCAUCAGCAUCCAUCUAUGUUCCAGAGCAAGGUGGCUACAAAGAGAAAUUUGUGAAUGCUGUGGAAGAUAAGUACAAAUGUGAAAAAUGUCACCUCAUCUUAUGCAAUCCUAAACAGACUGAAUGUGGACACAGGUUCUGUGAAACCUGCAUGAAUGCCUUGCUGAGGUCUUCUAGUCCAAAAUGUACAGCAUGUCAAGAAAGCAUAGUAAAAGAUAAGGUAUUUAAAGAUAAUUGUUGCAGGAGAGAACUACUUGCCCUUCAGAUAUACUGCAGAAAUGAAAACAAAGGCUGUAAGGAACAGCUAUCUUUGGGUCAAUUACUGAUGCAUUUGAGGACUGAUUGUCAGUUUGAAGAACUCCCAUGUCCUCGUGCUGAUUGCAAAGAAAAAAUACUGAGAAAAGAUUUGCCAGACCAUGUAGAGAAGACCUGUAAAUACCGGGAGACAACCUGUAAAUACUGUAAAAGCCAAGUCCCAAUGAUUAUGUUGCAGAAACAUGAAGAUACAGACUGCCCAUGUGUCAUGGUUUCAUGUCCUCAUAAAUGUAGUGUUAAAACACUCAUGAGGAGCGAGUUGAAUGCACAUUUGUCAGAAUGUAUUAAUGCCCCAAGUACCUGUAGUUUUAAGCGUUAUGGCUGCACUUUUCAGGGAACAAACCAACAAAUUAAAGCACAUGAAGCCAGCUCAGCAGUGCAGCAUGUUAACUUAUUGAAAGAGUGGAGCAAUGCUCUAGAAAAUAAGGUGGCCUUGCUCCAGAAUGAAAGUUUGGAAAAGAACAAGAGUAUACAAACUUUACAUAAUCAGAUUUGUAGCUUUGAAAUAGAAAUUGAAAGACAGAAGGAAAUGCUGCGGAAUAAUGAAUCUAAAAUACUUCAUUUACAGCGAGUGAUAGACAGUCAAGCAGAGAAACUCAAAGAACUGGACAAAGAAAUCCGUCCCUUCCGACAGAACUGGGAGGAAGCUGACAGCAUGAAGAGCAGCGUGGAAUCCCUUCAGAACAGAGUGACUGAGCUGGAAAGUGUUGAUAAAACUGCAGGGCAAGGAGCUCGGAAUACAAGCCUGCUGGAGACCCAGCUGAGCAGGCACGAUCAGAUGCUGAGCGUUCACGACAUCCGGCUGGCUGACAUGGACCUCCGCUUCCAGGUCCUAGAAACUGCAAGUUACAACGGAGUGUUGAUUUGGAAAAUCCGAGACUAUAAACGUCGGAAGCAAGAAGCAGUCAUGGGGAAGACUCUGUCCCUGUACAGCCAACCCUUUUAUACUGGAUACUUUGGCUACAAGAUGUGUGCCAGAGUUUACCUGAAUGGAGAUGGCAUGGGAAAGGGGACGCACUUGUCUCUCUUUUUUGUCAUAAUGCGUGGAGAAUACGAUGCUCUGCUUCCUUGGCCCUUCAAACAGAAAGUGACUCUCAUGCUCAUGGAUCAGGGACCGUCUCGACGCCACUUGGGAGAUGCUUUCAAGCCAGAUCCGAACAGCAGCAGUUUCAAGAAGCCAACUGGAGAAAUGAACAUUGCAUCUGGCUGCCCGGUCUUUGUGGCUCAAACUGUUCUAGAGAAUGGAACGUAUAUUAAAGAUGAUACUAUUUUUAUUAAAGUCAUAGUGGAUACAUCGGAUCUACCAGACCCCUGACAUACACUGGGGGAGGCAGAUUAAACAGAAGGCAACUCCGUUUGGGGGUUUUAUAUCAGUUUGUCUUCAAUCAGAGGUCCUAAAGCUCACAGAACCACCUUGUGGAACAGAUGGAAGAGUUUGAAGGCAUAACUGCAUAGGGUCCAAUUGCGAAAGUAGCAACACAUUAAGAAAUCAUACCAUGGUAUAUUUUUUAAUAGAACUAGCAACACUUGAGCUCUGAUGAAUCACUUAUUGCUCGUCAGGAUAGUGAUUAUGGUCAGAGAGGAUUUUUUUUAACUUAUUAAUGAUCUAGUCAAUUGGAGGUGAAAAGACAUAUACAGUAUGUGCUGAAUCAAUUACUGACUUUUAUUUCUUUUAAGCUAGAAUACAAGAAAAACCCUUCACAUGUGGGCUAGCUGGAAAUUGUCAGCAUGUUAAAAGAAGAUGAAGUAAUGUUGCAAUUAUGAUAUUCUUUGAAAAACUGAGGUGCAAUCUUGUCUGAAAUAUAGUAUAUUGUCUUUUUAA